CGGAGGACCAGUUAACUAUCGUUGGAUGUAUCCCAUGGAGAGAUGAGCCAAAGAGUUAGGAGGCUAUCUUUUCCUCGGGAUCGAGAAGGUCCAUCAUCCGGAUCGUCCUCACGACCAUCUCGGAGUCAGUUAUCUCUACAUGGAUCCUCACCAAUUGAAGAUAUUGCGGGGACAUCUCAAAUGGGUACACCGCAACAUCAAGACGCAUUACCAAGUAUAGACAAUGCUUGCGAUGGAUCUGGUGAUGAUGAGAUCGAGCACGAGAGGAUGUCUGUAUCUUCUCAGUCAGAGAUGGCAUGUCUCCGCCCAUGGACUCCGUCAGUAUCUCGCAUCCCUCUACCAGAAAAAGCUAUUGAAUUACAAAAAAAAUGUGAUAUGAACUACAAAUUGAAGAGAGAUGAUAUUAAAAGAAAGGAGUGUGCCAUAAAACAGAGACUAGAUAAAGCUAUGUCAGAUCUAAUGAGGGAAAAAGGCCAAAAAGAUUAUGAGAAACCCGGUAGGCAUGGGAGUGAGGAAAAGACGAAAGUACCUCCGAAAGGGUACCGGGGCAUUUUGGAGUGGAAGGACAACAUUCCUGUUGGGGAUUGGGCUGUCAGAUUUAAUAACUUGAUUGGCUGUUUAAUAAGAGAUCCACGCUCCAUUAAUAUUGCUCAUAAUUUUGAGGAGCAAGAAUUUAAAUGCAUAAAAAAGAUUUGGGAGAAGCUCAUGGUAAUUAUUUAAUAUAC